AUGGUCCGAGGAGAGAUCUUGCACCUGCACAUCGGCCAGGCCGGUAUCCAACUCGGUAACGCCGCCUGGGAGCUGUACCAGCUUGAGCACGGUUUGACCCCCGAGGGUUUCUUCGACGAGUCUCGUGCCGAUGAAGUCGGCUCCAAGGGCUCCUACGAUACCUUUUAUACCGAGACCAGCGGCGGCAAAUAUGUUCCCCGCGCCAUCUUUGCUGAUCUUGACCCUUCGCCCGUCGAUGAGAUCCGCCACGGCGCCUACAAGAAGCUUUUCCACCCCGAGCAGCUGAUCAGCGGCAAGGAGGAUGCCGCCAACAACUAUGCCCGUGGUCACUACACCGUCGGCAAGGAGCUCGUUGACGACGUCCUGGACCGCAUUCGCCGCGUGAUUGAUGCUUGCUCUUGCCUGCAAGGUUUCCUUGUCUUCCACUCUUUCGGUGGUGGUACUGGUUCCGGUUUCGGUGCCCUUCUGCUCGAGCAGCUCUCUGCCGAGUAUGGCAAGAAGUCCAAGCUGGAGUUCUGCGUCUACCCUUCGCCCCGCGUUUCCACUGCCGUCGUCGAGCCUUACAACGCCGUUCUGUCCACCCACAGCACCAUCGAGAACUCCGACUGUACUUUCCUGGUUGACAACGAGGCCGUGUACGAUAUCUGCCGUCGCAACUUGGAUAUUCCCCGUCCCAGCUUCGACCACCUGAACCGCCUUAUUGCCCAGGUUGUCAGCUCCAUCACCUCCAGUCUGCGCUUCGACGGUGCCCUGAAUGUCGACCUGAACGAGUUCCAGACUAACCUGGUGCCCUUCCCUCGUAUCCAUUACCCUCUGAUCUCGUACGCUCCCGUCGUUGGCAGCAACCGCAGCGGCCACGAGAGCUUCAAGAUCCAGGACCUCACCUUCCAGUGCUUUGAGCCCAACAACCAGAUGGUUGUCUGCAAUCCCCAGGAUGGCAAGUACAUGGCCGUCGCCCUGCUGUACCGUGGUGAUGUCGUUCCCCAGGAAUGUCACCAGGCCGUUUCCGCUGUCAAGUCCAAGGCAUCCUUCAACCUGGUCGAGUGGUGCCCCACCGGAUUCAAGCUGGGCAUCAACUACCAGAAGCCCGUGCAGGUCCCCGACACCGCGAUGGCCAACGUCGACCGUUCCGUCAGCAUGUUGUCCAACACCACCGCCAUCGCCGAUGCCUGGAGCCGUCUGGACCACAAGUUCGACCUCAUGUACUCCAAGCGUGCCUUCGUCCACUGGUACGUUGGUGAAGGUAUGGAGGAGGGAGAGUUCUCUGAGGCUCGUGAGGAUCUCGCAGCUCUGGAGAAGGAUUACGAGGAGGUCGCCGGCGACUCGAUCGAGGAGGAAGAGGAGGAGCUCGAGUACUAA